UAAGGCCUGGCUGCGCUGUACGUGCUUGCGCAGAGUAGCGGGCGGUGGACGCGAACACCGUGCUGGGAUGAUGUUCGGGCUACCCUGCUGGAGACGAGCGGUUCUUAUCAGCGUACUACUUUUACUGACAUGCUAUGGAGGUGGACAGUGUUGCCAAAGCGGUUUUCUCGGAAGUGAUGUUGAAGCAUUAGUCACGCCACAGGUUAACAAGGGACAAGUGAUUCUGACAGUACCACUUCAUGACUGCAGUUUGGAGAGAAACAUCAGGCUAAACACCAGUGACGGCAGCUUUGAAGUUCAUCUAGAUGGAUCCGUAACUGCCACUCGGGCUGAAAAUAUUGAUUCAACACGCAAGUUUACAGUGUGGAUGACUGAUGUCAACAGUGGAGAAAUAUGGGCGGUCAAUAUCCUGUUAAAGACAAAGGCUGAAAGGAGAGGAAUCCAAGUCAUCCGAUUUCCAACCAGGAGGACCUCCCACCGCCAGAAGCGAGAAUGGAUCUCUCCGCCUAUCGAUGUUCGAGAAAAUGAGCCCCCAAGCAAUAAUCCCAUUGCCAUUAUCAGGUCGGAUUUUGAUUCCUUACCUGAUGUUAAAAUCACCUACAAGAUUACUGGACCUGGUGCUGACAAGCCACCAAUUGGGCUCUUUGUGAUUGAUUCCCUUACUGGCAACCUAAUCAUCACAGGAAAAGUGGAUCGAGAAGUAACUCCAAACUUCACGAUUAUAGGUCAUGCUUAUGAUCAAUUUGGAGUUCAAAAGGAAACUCCAAUUGACCUCUUUAUUAAAGUACUUGAUGUCAAUGACAACCCUCCAGAAUUCAACCAGACAGUAUUUGAGGGGAGUGUUGAAGAACUCAGUUUAACUGGUACCGCUGCACUUACGAUAAGAGCAACAGAUAAAGACAUUGGUGAAAAUGGCAUGAUUUCUUAUAGCAUUAUUGACAUCCAUAAGAAAAUUUUUGCUGUCAGUUCGGACGGGGUAGUUCAAGUAAUGGACCCUAAACUGGACCGUGAGACGAAAGAUUUAUAUUCCUUACGUAUUGAAGCACGGGACUUAGGAGGAAAUAUUAAUGGAUUACAUGCAACUACUACAGUACGCAUCAAAAUUUUGGAUGUUAAUGACAAUAUUCCGAGCCUAGAGAAAACUACGUAUGAGGUAACUGUGGAAGAAAAUGUGCUCGCUUCAGAGAUCCUCCGCAUGGAAGUACAGGACAGGGAUCUGGAGUUCACUGAUAACUGGUUGGCACAUUUUGACAUCAUUGAAGGUAAUGAACAGGAACACUUCAAGAUUGAAGUGGAUAAUCGCACCAAUGUGGGAAUUUUGAACCUCCAGAAGGAGUUAGACUUUGAAGAAAUGGAGCAGAUUCAUUUAGUUAUACGAUUAUCCAACAAGGCACCAUACCACCACACAGUACAUAAAGUCAUAGCACAGCCCAUUAACAUAAAGGUCAUUGUCAAAAAUGUUGCAGAAGGCAUUGUAUUUAAGCCCAGCAAACUGGUGACGAGGAUCACUGAAAGCUUGGAAUCUAAGACGAUCAAGGUCAUUGGCAUUUAUCCAGCAGUGAGUGCUGACACAGGACAACCACUUGAAAUGACAAAGUACGCAAAGGACAGAGAUAUGGCUAACUGGUUAAGUAUUGACUCACAAACCGGAAAGGUUACCAUCGAUGGUGUGAUUGACCGGGAGUCUGAGUACGUGAUCGAUGGGAAGUACACUGCAACAGUUCUGGCUAUCAGCAAUGAGCGAGGCUCUUCUGACACCACCACUGGAACCAUCGUGAUUAACGUGGAAGAUAUCAACGAUCAUGUGCCGAAAUUUACUAACCCACAACCUUGCAUGUGCAGCCAGGCAGAAUAUUUGAAUGUCACUGCCAACGAUGCUGAUGGCGCUCCGUUUGGAGCACCUUUCCAUUUCAACAUACAGUCCAAUCAAAUGUGGAAGUUGGGCCAGACAGAUGCGACCAGUAUGCGGUUGGUUCCAUUAAAACAUUUAUGGCCUGGAGUAUUUUCUGUGCCGGUGUGGAUCGAAGAUGCUGACAGCAAAGGACACACGGUUACUCUUGACGUCCAUGUCACUGAUUGCUACACGAUCGACCAUUGUUCUUCUGAUAGAUUAAUUCAAUCAAAAGUAGAGCUGGGAGGUUCUGCUGUGGCACUGAUCAUCCUGUCUCUGCUACUGCUGCUGCUGCUUCUUCCUUUGCUGCUGCUGUUUUGCAAGUGUGGCAGUGGAUUUGGUGGAAAAAAUUCCUUCAUCCUCGAGGAGAGAAACAGAGUUGAUGGUACUCUGGGACAAAGCAGCAUUGAGGGAGGAGGACAAGUAGACACGCUGCUACCGCAGAUACUUUAUCCAGGGAAAUCGGGAGAGUUGUUCGGUGAGGAGCUCAUCCAAAAAACAGAUGUGAGGCAUGCCUCUAGUCAUGUAUCCGAGAGUUUUGAAACUAGUGGACGGUGGGCCACCAGAGGAAGUGAAGGAAUGUCAAAGGAGGUUUGGAUACCUGAUUAUAGCCACAGAACAUCAAUGUGGGAUCAAAAUCAACAUCAAAGCUGGAAGACUAGCAGUAGUUUCGAAGGCUUCGAUAUGCUGAGUGGUGCAUCCAGGUCCUUUGUGAAACAAUACAUUAAUCGGAAGAGGCAUGCCCUUACUCAAGAGUGGAUAUCUCAGCCUUCAGAUGAUAAUCUACUGAUUUACAACAGUGAAGGAACAAACUCACCUGUGGGUUCUCUGGGCUGUUGCAGCCUUAUUCAAGAAGCUCCUUUCGAUGACUACUUUUUGAAUGACUUGGAUCCAAAGUUCAAGAUGUUGGCAAAAAUCUGCAGUGGUGAGUUGAUGACAGAAGUCUCCAAAGUGGCUACUUCCACAAAGUGGGAGCAGAAGACCAGCUCUCAACCCUUGAUCCAACAGAAGGAAAUAGCGAAGAAAGAAGUUGUUUCGUCCAGCAUUAUGAAUCAACAAUCCAGUGGAGCCCUUCUGUUACCUCUGAAGAAGCACUAUGUCGUGACUACCACUAUCGAGCCGAGUCAGGAGGAGUCCCUGGUUGUUGAUGAACAGAGCACUGUGACUUCACAGUACAACCAAUACCAGAACGUGUCCCUCACAACUGACCCAGCAAUGACUGCGACCACAGCCGGUUAUGGCCCAGGAGGGUUCCAGGGGACAGUCCCAGCCUUCACUGCUGCUCCUGUUGUCCAGAAGAAUGUAGUGGUAACUAGGUCAACUGGUGCAGGCUUGGGAGAGAUACAGCAUGUGGCCACUGACCAACCAAUUGGUCAGAGAUUAACACACAAAACUACAGUUGUGACAAGUUCAGUUAACUUGGCAUCAGAAGGGGUGCAUGAUAUGCUGUCCAAGCAGGUGAUUGGUCAUGUUCCUGUUACCCAGGAGAAUUUGGUAGUCACUGGUUCAGGCGAUAUAGGUCUGAGAGAGACCCUGAAUCACAGUCCUAUCAACACAAAGGCAAUUGAGAAAAAUGUGACAAUCAGCAAGUCCAGCAGUGUGACAUAUAAAUCAGUAUAAAAGACUACCAAUGUUGUACAGUUAGUUCAGGAAUAGGAAUUCCCCUCAAUCCGUUCAUUACUUUGGCCUGAAAUAAUACUGGAGGAAAUAUAUUUUUUUUAAUUCUAAAAAUAUUUAGUUUAUUUUUUUUCCUCAGGCAACAGCAGCAAGUUUCUUCACACCCCAUUCACCAGCCUAAACACUUAUUCCGUUGAUCACCAACAUGCAGUGACUGUGGUGUGUUCCGUCAGUAAAAUCCAACAGGCCAGAGAGCAUCUAUGGAAAAGAAUAAGCAGUCAACAUUUUGGGUUCUUGAGUCCUGAUGAAGGGCCUCUGCCCAAAACGUCAACUUUUUUUCCAUAGAUGCUACCCGGCCUGCUGAGUUCCUCCAGCAUUUUGUUUGUGUUGCUCGGAUUUCUAGCAUCUACAGAUUGCCUUGUGUUUGUGGUUGAUUGGUAAAAUGCACUGUUACUCGUUACAUCAAAACAUACAGUGAAAUGUGUUGUUUGCGCCAACAACCAAAACAUCUAAAGAUGUGCUGGAGUCAUCCCGCAAGAGUUGCCACGUAUUCCAGUGCCAGCAUUGCAUGCCCACACACAGGAUUUUGACCUUCAAGUUUCGACACUAGGACUCACUGAUCAUGCCUCCUGUCCACCUGACCUCCGACCCAGGAUUCGCCAACCUGGAGAUUGCUGGUCUCUGAUCUCGGUGCCUGCUGGCCCAGCCGCCGAUACUGCCGGCCUACGACUGCGGAGCCCUCCAGCUGGACUCCAAGUACGGGCCCUUGCCCCUGACUCUUCAUUUACUAACUCUGAAAACUAACUCCCCCUCAUCCCUGUCCUUAAAUCCUAACCUGGGUUAUAUGGUUCAAAAAUGAGUUGACUUAACACAUCAUUACACCCAAAAAAAAAGAGAUGGCAUUAGCAUUGAGCAACAUACACAAAAUGUUGGAGGAGCUCGUUGGGUCACACUGGAUCUAUGGAGUGGAAUAACCUGUCAACAUUUUGGGCUGAGACCCUUCUUCAGGACUGAUAUUAGGUUAAUAUUGAACUACAAAAGAUCACACUUACAGGUAAAACACAAGGAGUAACUGCUGAGUAACUCCAAUUGACCAUCCCUCUGCCUGACCAUCUGAGUUACUCCAGUAAAUCAUUUCCAUGGCUUUUUUUAUACUGGUUUUAUUUUAUUAGUUGAACUUAAAAUUCCUCAGCAAUCAGGGGAUUUGAACCUGUGUAUCUGGAUCAAUAAUCCUUAUCUCUGGGAUUACCAGUCCAAUGACACCAAAGAAUAAACACAGAGCCAGGGGUAUCUAAUGGCCCCAGGUGACCUCAGUGUAUUUCCAUUCAUUCUUAGGUGGUGGCUCCCAAAUACAAUUGGGAAUACCAGUAAACACUUCUUUCCCAGGGAACGGGAAGAAUGUGGGACUGGUUCCCAUAGAGAUUUUAGGUGGACAGCAGGGAAAGGGGGAUAGAAAGGUUGUGUUGAUAGGGUGACGGUAAUUAUAUAGGAAUGCUGAAUUGGGGUUACACUUAUCAGCCAUUGUUCGUAUUGAGUGGCAGAGAACAUUAGAAGGGUUGAGUGGCCUACUUCUGCUCUUGUUCGUAAGAGACAUUAAGUGGAGGCUCACGUAAGCAACUUGAUGAAUUAAGUGGCCUGUUUAACUGGAGACACAACAGAUUGCAAAGAUUGAAACCUGGAGCCACACGCAAUCUGCUGAAAGAACGGAACGGGUUGAACAGCAUCUGGAGGGACGGGUUGGGGGCGAUAAGGAAUUGUGGAUACUUCAGAUUGAAGUGCUGGUAAUUCAUCCCCCACACAUCGAGUUCCUCCAUUGAUGCUGCCUGAUUUGUUGAGUUCCUCCAGUAUUUUGCGUGUGUGGCUCAAGAUUUCCAGCAACUGCAGAAUAUGUUUGAUAUUUCUACAUGUGUCUCGGUGCCAAUUUUGUGUGUGUAAGCACUCAAUGUAAAGCUUCACAGGAAAUAUCUCUUAAGAAACAGAAGUAGAGGAAGACGCCCCUCAUGUCUGCUUCUGCAUUCAAUAAUUUGUGGUUGGUCUUUUGCCUCGCGCCCUUGCUUUGCACUCAACUCAUCUUUAUUAUUUCGCAGAAUGAAUUUAAACUCUUCCUGAAUGUUCUGCUAUUGUAGAGCAGAAUUCUGUCCAAAGCAACUUCCUGCUGUUGUGCAGGACAGGUGUAAUUUUGCCUCUCAAACUAUUUUUGGUGGAUUGCUUGCUUUCAUCACCACCAGAGGGAAAUAUCUCUGACAGGGCGUGCUACGGAACUGCUUAUUGACACGUGCUUAUGAUCAGUGUAAUCUCAAUCAAUGUAACAUUUGGAAUUGAGUGUAUUUUUUUUGAAAUGGAGAUUUUUAAACUAUUAUUUCACUGAAACAUUUUGAAUGGCUUUAAGUGCAUUAUGACUUUUUUUAACAACAACUUGCUGUGAUGGAUACAUAGACUGUUAACACUCGUUACGCAUUUUUAUAUUAUGGGGUUCAAAGUAAUAAUUGCUUUAUGCGUUUUUAUAUUAUGGGGCUUCGAAGUAAUAAUUGCUUUAUCAAAAUGUAUUAAUCUCUGACAAUUAACUUCAUACAGGAAACUGAGUAUAUGUUGAUUUGUCUCUUUUAAUUUAGUGUUUUGUAGGUCUUGUUGUUAGGAAAAUGGCAGAUUAAUUAAUACAUGUUCUCUGAGAGGGAUGAUGUGAGAAAUUUGAUUGCUCAGGUGUUUUUCUGAAAAGCUGCAAUUUAUGUUUACACCUUGUUUGGAA